AUGGAGCAGGGUAAGGAGAAGAGUGCACCACCUGUGUAUCAACCUAAACACCCCUACCCUGCGAAGAAGGAAUUGCUCACAAAUAAGAGAAAAUUGGAAGACGUGUUAUCAGUAACAUUCAGUGAGGAGUGUUCAGCAUUGAUCACCAACUCUCUCCCCAAGAAGGAAAAAGACCCCAGAGGAUUCAUUAUUCCUUUCAUGACUGGAGGGUUGAUUGAUAAAAAGGCACUCACUGAUUUGGGGAAAAGCAUAAAUCUCAUGCCUUAUAAAAUAUUUCAAAAGCUUGGGCUUGAGGAGCUGAAGCCCACUCUGAUGACACUACAAUUGGCCGAUAGUUCCAUCAAACAACCCCAUGGAAUCAUUGAAGAUGCUUUGCUGAAGGUAGACAAAUUUAUUUUUCCAGUGGACUUUGUUAUCUUGGAUAUCAAUAACAUUGUUGAGGUUCCAUUAAUUUUGGGCAAACCAUUUUUGGCUGCAUGCAAGGCUCUUAUUGAUGUCAAGGAUGGUCGCAUGGCCCUUUGA